AACAAGGCCAACCAAGCGCUCGAAGUGGACAAGGCCGAUCUGUAUCAGAAAAUGCUGCAUAUUGACGGACAAGUGCGCGCUGAGAUGACCGAGCGGUUCGAACACGAAACAGCCGAGCGUACAUCAGAAUGGGAGGCACAAAAAGCACAAGAGUUGGUCCUGCUUAAGGACAGACUCACCCAAGAGCACGAAACUAUCCUCCAGAACACCGUCUUCAAAAUGGAUGCCCAACGAGUCGAAGAAACAGACGCCCUCAAAUGGGACUUAUCCAUGGCGAAGGAGGAGUGGGCAAACAAGGAGCUGGAGUUUGACAAGCAGCUUGCGCAGCUGGGCACCGAGAAGCAAAUGCUCUACAAGGAACUGGUUGAUCAGCGGGAUAACAACAUCAAGAGAGUGGCAGCAAUCAUGGACGAGCACCAGCAACAGCUCAUCGACGAGAAGAAAGCCUGGGAUUUGGAGGCGCAGGCAAGAGAGACCCAGCUCAAAGUCGGGCACACUCUUGCCCUGAGCGCUGUCGAGAAGAAGUACAAGGUCGAGCUCGAAGAAGUGGAUAAAAACAACCAAAAGAAGAUCGAAGAAAUCAAACAUGCCAACACCGCCGCUGCAAUGACAGCCAAGCGCGAGGCCGAGAAUCAGAAGCAGGCCGAACUCACCAAGCAGCGGGCGACGCACAACGCCGAGCUCGACCGAAUGCGCGACCAACACGAACGGGACCAGAUGGCCCUCCGAACCAGUAUGGAGGAGCAGAAAACGAGCGAGAUUGCCGACAUUCGGAAUAAGAAUUCUGCCGCCAUGGAAAAGAAAAACGCCUACAUUGAGCAGCUCACACUCGAGAUUGCAAACCAUCAGCUCGAAAUCAAGGACCUCAAGCAAACCAUCAUGGAGCUCCGCUACGACAUCAAGCAAGUCGAAGAACAGCUUGCUGAAAAGGACAGGGAACUGCAGGCCGCAAUCGCCGAUGGCAAGCAGCGUCUCAAGGACCUGGAGGCCCAUAUGCUUGCCGAGAAGAAGGAUGAGAUCAUGAAGGUCAACGAGGAGCAUGUCGACGAAGUCAAGCACAUGAUCCGCGAGUUUGAGCAGGCUCAGAACUUUUUGAAGAAACAGAUCGCCCAGCAGGCCAAACAACUCCAGGAGGCCGAUUUGCGCUACAUCAACCGAGAGCCACGGGAAGUGGAUCUGCGGCACAUUGCCGAGCUGGAAGAAGAGAUCAAGAGGAGAAAGAAGAAGAUAUCGGGCCUUCAUGACGAGCUUGACUACUACAAACUUGAGAUGAACAACCGCGAGGCCAGCUUCAACAAGAUCUUCAACAAAACGCCGCUGGUCGGGGUGAUGCAGCCACCGACAGCGACACCAAAGGGAGCCAAGAAAACCCCAGGUGACAAGAGCGAUCCUCGGAAGGAACGUCUGCCCCCACUGUAUUUACUGUCGACGACGCCGCCAGCCGGUCAAGCCACAUAGAUGUCGAGUCGGCCGCUGUCGCUGGACAUGGACGUCCAUGGAUGGGAACGGCCGCGUUGGUUCAUGGAUAUCGAGCCAGGGGCUAUCUUGGUUCAUUUUUGUGCAUGUUGUAGCAAUAUCCGCACACUCCAUUUUGUGCUGGUCGCCAAGCGUGCCCUCCACAGGAAAGCAAAUGCAAAUCCCAGAGUUGCUGCAGACCCGCGCUGGGCUGGUUGGAAAAGGUGAU